UUAUUUUUCUGUUUAAUUAUUUUACUUAGUUUCUUUUCUGUAUUUCCUUUUCCCAAUUUCUGAUCAUAAUUUUUCAUUUCCUCUCUCUUGACUCCUCUUCCAUCUCUUCUUCUCUGCUUCGUCUUCUUCUUCUUCUUCUUCUUCGGCUGCGUUCUUACGGUAUCCUCUGGCACUUUUCUUAACGCUGUUUGAUGGACAAUGUGAAAUUAGCUGAUCAUAUAUCUUCUUCACAAUCCUCGUUAAUCUCCCAAGAUGGUAGUCUUGUUCAUGAAGAGGAUCCAAACCACCUAGUUAACAAUGGAAUUACGAACCAGAGCCAAGUUCUCUCAAAUGCUGUUGGUAAUGAAAAAUUGGAAGGUGACGUUGAAUGCUCUUCAAGCCCAGUUGAUGCAACACGGCGAUCUAAAAGUCAACAGCCAAUAGCUGAAAAUUCUUUAUCAUCAACCAUAGAAGAUGCUCCUAGUGAUGCGAAUAUGAAUAAAGAUGAACUUAUUACAUUAAGUAAUUCAGGUAUGAGUACUACAGUUCCAGAUGAUAGAUUUGAGGAACACAAUUCAAAUACCUUGAUGGAAGACCCCAGAACUCAAUCAGUAGAAGAUAUGCCUGAGAAACUUCCUCAGGAACAACAUUCAGUCCAUAGUGACUCUGCUACAGUUAAUGAUGUCAAUGAGGUCACUAUGCCAGAGAAACUUCCUCAGGAACAAUCUUCAAUCCAUAGUGACUCUGCUACUGUCAAUGAUGCCAAUGAGGUCAUUAUGCCUGAGAAACCUCCUCAGGAACAAUCUUCCGUCCAUGGUGACUCUGCUACUGUCAAUGAUGCCAAUGAGGUCAUUAUGCCUGAGAAACCUCCUCAGGAACAAUCUUCCGUCCAUGGUGACUCUGCUACUGUCAAUGAUGCCAAUGAGGUCAUUAUGCCUGAGAAACCUCCUCAGGAACAAUCUUCCGUCCAUGGUGACUCUGCUACUGUCAAUGAUGCCAAUGAGGUCAUUAUGCCUGAGAAACCUCCUCAGGAACAAUCUUCCGUCCAUGGUGACUCUGCUACUGUCAAUGAUGCCAAUGAGGUCAUUAUGCCUGAGAAACCUCCUCAGGAACAAUCUUCCGUCCAUGGUGACUCUGCUACUGCCAAUGAUGCCAAUGAGGUCAUUAUGCCUGAGAAACCUCGUCAGGAACAAUCUUCCGUCCAUGGUGACUCUGCUACUGUCAAUGAUGCCAAUGAGGUCAUUAUGCCUGAGGAACUUCCUCCGGAACAAUCUUCAGUCUGUAGUGACUCUGCUACUGUCAAUGAUGUCAUUAUGCCUUCUGAGACAGUGGUUAUAAAAAAUGAGGAUGUUGAACGUGCAGAUGGGCUUGCAGAGGGCGUGAGAGUUUCAGGUGGAAAAACUGAAUCUGUUGAUUCUUCAAAAGAUGUUAAGCAAAGUGAUAUUAACAGAGGCCUUAUUGAUACAACUGCACCAUUUGAAUCUGUUAAAGAAGCCGUUUCUAAGUUUGGUGGGAUUGUUGAUUGGAAAGCUCAUCGAAUCCAAACAGUUGAGAGACGCAAAGUUGUGGAGCAAGAACUUGAGAAAUUAAACGAGGAGAUUCCGGAGUACAGGAGACAGUCAGAGGCUGCUGAAGAGGGAAAAAAACAAGUUCUAAAGGAGCUAGAUAGCACUAAGCGAUUGAUAGAAGAAUUAAAGCUUAAUCUAGAGAGGGCACAAACAGAAGAGCAUCAAGCAAGGCAAGACUCCGAGCUUGCGAAACUCAGGGUUGAAGAGAUGGAGCAAGGAAUUGCUGAGGAGUCUAGUGUAGCUGCCAAGGCGCAGCUUGAGGUUGCUAAAGCCAGGCACGUAGAUGCAGUUUCAGAGCUUAAAGCUGUCAGAGAGGAAUUGGAAACACUUUAUAGGGAGUUUGCUUCUUUGGUCGCAGAUAAGAAUGCAGCUUUAGCUAAAGCUGAAGAUGCUGUGGCUGCCUCCAAGGAAGUUGAGAAGGCAGUGGAAGAUCUAACUAUUGAGCUUAUGGCCACUAAGGAGUCGUUAGAGUCUGCACAUGCUACUCAUUUGGAGGCAGAGGAGCAAAGAAUAGGUGCAGCCAUGGCCAGAGAGCAAGAUUCUCUUAACUGGGAGAAAGAAUUGAAGCAGGCUGAAGCAGAACUUCAGAGUCUCAAUCAGAAAAUUAUAUCAGCGAAGAAUCUGAAAUCAAAACUGGAUACUGCCUCGAAUUUGCUAAUAGAUUUAAAAGCUGAAUUAGCAGCUUAUAUGGAAUCAAAACUGGAAGAGGAGCCUGAUAAUGAUGGUAACACAAAAAGCGAGGCAGAGGAUCCCGAAAAGAAAACACGUACAGAUAUACAAGCAGCAGUUGCUUCAGCAAAGCAGGAACUUAAGGAAGUGAAACUCAACAUUGAGAAAUCAACUUCUGAAAUAAACUGCUUAAAGGUGGCCGCAACAUCAUUGAAAACAGAGCUUGAAAAGGAGAAAUCUGAUCUAGUCAACUUGAGGCAAAGAGAAGGAAUGGCAUCUAUAGCAGUUGCAUCUCUUGAAGCUGAAGUGGAAAGAACCAGGUCAGAAAUAGCUUUAGUUCAAAUGAGGGAGAAAGAGGCCAGGGAAACGAUAGUGGAGUUGCCUAAACAAUUACAGCAAGCAGCACAAGAAGCCGAUCAGGCCAAAUCACUGGCUCAGGAGGCUCAAGAGGAGCUGUGCAAAACAAAAGAGGAGGCAGAGCAAGCAAAGGCUGGAGCAAGUACCAUGAAGAGUAGAUUGCUUGCUGCUCAGAAAGAGAUUGAGGCUGCAAAGGCUUCAGAAAGAUUGGCGUUGGCCGCAAUCAAGGCAUUAGAAGAGAGCGAAUCGGCCAGAGAUACCAACAACGCGAACUCACCCGCAGGAGUUACACUGUCACUAGAGGAGUACUAUGAGCUUAGCAAGUGUGCUCACGAGGCAGAGGAACAAGCCAACCUUAGAGUGGCAGAUGCACUGUCACAGAUUGAGCUAGCCAAGGAAUCCGAGUCAAGAAGCUUGGAUAAACUGGAAGCAGUAAUCCAGGAGAUGGCUACCAGAAAGGAAGCACUAAAAAUUGCCAUGGAGAAGGCUGAGAAGGCCAAGGAAGGGAAGUUGGGCGUUGAGCAGGAGUUGCGAAAAUGGAGAGCCGAGCACGAACAACGAAGGAAGGCUGGUGACUCUGGCACUGGAUUAAUGAACCCCAUUCGCAGUCCAAGGGCCAGUUUUGAGGGGAAGAACGAUCCAUCGAAUUUAGUCGGCUCAUCUGACGCCAUGGUUACUGAUGCCUCGAGCCCCAAGGCAGAUAUGCAAAGAAGCCUUACUUCAAUGGAUUCGUUCUCAGAAUCAAAAACAGGGAAGAAAAAGAAGAAAUCAUUUUUCCCUCGAAUUCUCAUGUUUCUGGCCAGAAAGAAGGCACAGCCAAACAAGCCAUCCUAAAUCGUUUCAGGGUACAGUUAUUCUAUUUACACUGUUGAUAUUUUGACCUCUCCUUUGAAAUUGGUUUUCCUCAUGGAGACUAUAAUCGCCGAGUUUGAAGAAUUACGAGAUUGUACAUGAUGGUGAUUAAUUUUUUUCUUUUAUUGUAUGAUAAAAUGGGUAUUCGUGCGUCUAUUUAAAAAAAAAAAAAAAAAACGUUGCACCAUGGGCUUUGCAAGAUGUAAUAAGUUUCUACAUUUUGAUUUUUGGA